AUGAACCAGCAGGCGCCACCUCCAGGCCCGGCCACACGCAGGCCCUCGGCCCCAGUCCGGAACCCGACGCCAGUCCGUCCUACUUCCACACCGGUCCGGGCCUCGGUUCCCAUCCGAACCUCGGCCCCGGUCCGGGCCUCCACUCCAGUCCGGACUCCGAUCCAGGUCAGGACCCCGGCUCCGGCCCGGGCCCCGGCUCCGGUCCGGGCCCCGAUCCCGGUCCGGACCCCGAUUCCAGCCCAGGCUUCGGCCCCUGUCCAGACCCCGGUCCAGACCAACACCUCGGGCCCGACUGGGGCUCCGGAGACGCCCGCCUGGACGCCGCCCCCGGCCCCGGUGCGGCCCGCGGCCCCGGUGCGCACCUCGGGCCCUGUCCGGGCUCCGACCCCCGUCAGGACCCCGGCUCCAGUCCGGACCCCGGCUGCGGUCCGGGCUCCGAUCCCCGUCCGGACCCCGGCUCCAGUCCGGACCCCGACUCCCGUCCAGACUGCCGCCGCCGCCCAGACCAAGACCCUAGCCCCGCUCGACGCCCGGGAGCCCCCGGCCGCGCCUCCGCCCCCGGCCCCGGCUCCGCCCCCGGCCCCGGCGCCUCCCACCCGGACUCCAGCGCCAACCCAGACCCCAGCUCCGGGGAGCCUGGAGCCCGUGCGGUCCUCGGUCAUCAGGGUGGCGGGGUCCCACCAGGGCCCCCUUCCUGCGCUCUUCCCCGCGGCCUCCAAGCAGCCGGAGCCCUCCGCGGGCUUCCCUUCCGAAACCAGCCUGUCGGCCACCACGCUGGCCGAAGCCCCCGCUCCCGGGCCCUUCUUCCCGCCCUCCCCGUCGGUCUCCUUUGUGUCCACCAACACCUUCACCUCCCCCAACAAGAACAUACCCCUGCACAAGAGGCUCUCCAUCCGGGUGAACUACUGCGGCCUCUGAAGCUAUGGCCUUCGGUACAUUAUACUGAAAAAGAGCUUGGAGCAGCAAUUCCCAAAUCUUCUGGACUUUGAGGAUGAAAUUGCUGCAGAGGCUACCGGGGAGUUUGAAGUCUUUGUGGGUGGAAGAUUGGUCCAUUCCAAGAAGAAAGGCGAUGGCUUUGUGGACGAAUCUGGGAUGAAGAAAAUUGUACAAGUUAUUAGUGAAGAGCUCGAGAAAAGGUAGCAGGCAAUGGUGGGGCUGGAGGAGCCUCAGCAAGAUGAUGAGAAGGGCUGAAAUGUUGC